AUGGAUGUUGGCAGUUGGGUACCGACCGCUGGGGACGGGUCCGCAAAUUUGACUGCGGCCAACCUUUUGCUGGACUUCCAAAACGCUUCGGAUCCAAGUACACCAUGGGAUAACGAGGUGACACGUUUGAAGAAUCAGCAGCGCCUCACCCAAGAACAAGUCUACCGGGACUUUACCACCACCAUACAAGUUAUUGUCCUGAUUGGGUGUCUGUUUGGCAAUGCCAUGGUGCUGUGGUGCACCUGUUGCACUAACGUCUUCAAGUCAGUGACCAGGUGCUUCAUCAAGAACCUGGCGUGUUCUGGCAUCUGUGCCGGCCUGGUGUGUGUGCCGUUCGACGUGGCCUUGGGCACUAGCCCUUCCUGUUGCUGGUGGCUCCACACACUGCUGGUCUGCAAGACAAUCAAGUUUCUGCACAAGCUCUUCUGCUCUGUCACCGUGUUAAGCUUUGUUGUCAUCGCCCUCGACAGAUACUACUCUGUCCUGUACCCUCUAGAAAGGAAGAUCUCGGACACCAAAUCUCGAGAACUGGUCAUCUACGUGUGGAUCCACGCUGCCGUGGUGAGCGUGCCCGUGUUCGCCGUCACCAACGUAACGGACAUUUACGCCACGUCCUCCUGCUCGGACAGCCGCCCCCGCUCCAUGGGCCACCUGGUCUAUGUGGUGGUGUACAACGUCACCACGGUGAUCCUUCCUCUAGCCGUGGUCUUUCUAUUUAUGGUCCUGAUCCGUCGAGCACUCAGCACCAGCCAGAAGAAGAAAGUUAUCAUAGCUGCUUUGAGGACACCUCAGAACAGCAUCUCCAUCCCGUACGUGUCCCAGCGCGAGGCUGAGCUCCACGCCACCCUCCUGGCUGUGGUGCUGGCUUUCUCGGCCUGCAGCGCCCCCUACGGGGUCCUGGUGGUCUACCGCAGCAUCCUGGGGGAGAGCGAGGAGCUAUAUCCCUCCCUGUUCCUCACGGCCAUCUGGCUGCCCAAGCUGUCCUUGCUUACCAACCCUCUGUUGUUCUUGACGGUGAACCGUUCCGCUCGGCGGUGCCUGCUGGACCUGGUGGCCCGGCUGCACAGACGCUACAGCCGCCGCAACGUGGUCAGCACAGCGGGGCUGGGUGGCGAGGGCGGAGCGGUGGGACCCGUGGGGCUGGAAGCCUCGGCCCGCUCAGGUAGCCAGCUUCUGGAGAUGUUCAACAUUGGGCAGCAGCAAAUCUUCAGACCCACCGACGAAGAAGAGGAGGAGGUGGGGAAUGAGAUCCCCGCAACAGGUCCGGGGACUCAGUUGAAUGAAGACCUCCAGGAAAGACCAAGACUUGUAAGGCAGGGAGAGGCCACUGCCUCCCACUUGGAUACUCUGCCACAGGCUGGAGUUGGGGAGGGAACAGUUGUGGCCAAGGAGUUCCCUCCCCCUGCCGUAGCUCUGCGGGGGUCCCCGAUCCACAACUGCGCUUACACCUCCUCGGCACAGGUGGCACCGGCUACGCCCACAGAGCCUGAGGACGCUACUCAGUUUGGGUUCGGGCCCUUUGAGCUGCCUCCCCAGUGGCUGCCUGAGACCAGGAACAGUAAGAAGAGACUGCUGCCCCCCUUGGGGAACACUCCGGAAGAGCUGAUCCAGACCAAGCAGCCCCGCCCACGGCCCGAGCGCCGCAUCAGCAGAAACAACAAGGUCAGCACGUUCCCCAGUGUUGACCCCUGAAC